AUGAUGACAAUUUAUCAACUGAUCGUCUCAUUUAUACUAUUCACAACGCUCAUAAGAGCAGAUGUCGGCAUAACGGCCCCCACAGCGGGCAAAACAUAUGAUCUAUCCGACUCUGGUGAAGUACAGAUCCAAAUCAAAUGGACCGAUGUAGGUUCCAUCCCCAAGAAUACAGAUAUAACCAAAUAUACAUUCUCUCUAUGUGCCGGACCAAAUGGUAACAUUGAAAAUAUGGCUACCUUGGGUACCGUGACACCAUCAGAAGUCACAGGAAGCUCCUAUGAGGCUACAAUCCAGGCCACCAUGGGGACUGAUGGUCAAUAUUAUAUUCAAAUUUUCGCACAAACCGCAUCCGGUUAUACCAUUCAUUAUACUCCAAGAUUUACAUUGAAGGGGAUGAAAGGUGCUAAAGUCGCUGAAUCCGCCGCUGAUACGGUACCACCCGUCGCGCAAACUAUGAUUACUACAGGUGCCGUCGUUGGGGUCAUUGAUUCAAGAAGUUUUACUGUACCAUAUACGAAACAAACGGGGAUUGUUCGUUAUGCUCCCAUGCAAACUCAACCUCCUACUAAAGUGACUAUGGGAUCUUGGACAACAAAAUUCCCCACCAGUGCUGUUACAUAUUAUUCUACAAUGAGAAAAUCUAUUGAUCAACAAACAACCGUCACACCUGGUUGGUCUUAUAACGUUAAGAGUGGUGUCAAUUAUGCUAGUGUCGCCCCAAUGCCAUCUGAUAAUGGAGGAUGGUAUGAUCCAAAGGAAAGAAUGACAUUGACUACAAGAAAAAUUAAUCUAAGGAAACGUGGUUAUGUGGAAGGUAAAACGGGCGCAUGA